UAUAGUAGAAAGGUAUGUUUGGCGCCUCUAAUUUUUGUCUGAAUCCAUGUCCACCAUUAUCCAUCCCCAAAACCACCCAGUCCCAGUCCCCCACCACCGCCACCUCUUCCCUACCAAACCACCGCCAUAUCCACCGUGCUCUUCUUCUCUCUCCUUCCCCAAACCCAAACCCAAAUCCCAUCACCACCGCCCCCUCCUCCUCGCUUCCACCACCGCUGUCUCUUGUCACACACUCUACUACAAACCCUACAUUUGUAAUGACGUUAAUUCCUUACUCACUUUGCUUAACCUUUCAGUUCAGUACUCCGACGCUGAAUUGGCAAAAGCUGUUCAUGCUUGUUCUCUCAAGCUUCAAGAAGACACCCAUUUAGGGAAUUCUCUUGUUUUAGCUUACCUGAAAUUGGGUCUUUUUAACCAUUCUCUCAACGUUUUUGCCUCUCUUUCUUGCCCUAAUCUAGUAACUUACUCUUCGUUGAUUUCGGGUUUUGCGAAAUCGAAUCAAGGAAGCAAAGCGAUAGAACUUUUUAUGAAGAUGAGGACUGAAGGUAUUGAGCCUAAUGAGUUCACUUUCGUUGCAAUUUUAAGUGCUUGUAUUAGGGUUUUGGAGUCAGAAUUGGGAUUUCAAAUUCAUGGUUUGGUUGUUAAAAUGGGUUUUUUGGAUAGUACUUUUGUAGCCAAUGCUUUAAUGGGGUUUUACUGGAAAUUUACUGGGAAUUUGAGGCUUGUUUUUAAGGUGUUCGAUGAAAUGCCUCAAAGAGAUGUUGCAUCAUGGAAUACCGUGAUUUCAUGUUUAGUGAAGGAAGGGAUGUAUGAAAAAGCAUUUGAACUUUUCCGUGUUAUGCAAGGAAUUGGUUGUUUUAGAGCUGAUUUUUUCACUAUUUCCUCUAUUCUGAGUGCUUGUGAAGGAAGUAAUGCUUUUAUGAAAGGCAAAGAAGUUCAUGCUCACGCUAUUAGAAUUGGAUUAGAGGGUAAUUUGAGUGUGAAUAAUGUGCUUAUCGGACUUUAUACUCAAUUUGGUAGAGUACGAGAUGUUGCGGUUUUGUUUGAGAGCAUGCCGAUUAGGGAUGUUAUUACUUGGACUCAAAUGAUUACUGCCUAUAUGGAAUUCGGGUUAGUGGAUUUGGCUAUGAAGGUUUUCAAUGAGAUGCUGGAGAAGAAUUGCAUUUCUUAUAAUGCUCUUAUGGCGGGAUUUUGCAAAAAUGGUGAAGGUUUGAAGGCGGUAAAGUUGUUUAUCGAAAUGGUGGAGGAAGGUUUAGAGUUAACAGAUUUCAGUUUGAGUAGCGUUAUUAACGCAUGUGCGUUGGUCAUGGAUGUGAAAGCUAGUGAACAAAUUCAAGGCUUUUGUCUCAAGUUUGGUUUUGGAUCAAAUGUUUGUGUCGAAGCAGCAUUGUUAGAUAUGUGCAUUAGGUGUGGAAGGAUGGCGGAUGCUGAGAAAAUGUUCCGGAUAUGGCCAGUUGAACACGAUAACUCUGUUGUUUGUACAUCGAUGUUAUGUGGGUAUGCCCGAAAUGGGCAACCUGAUGAGGCAAUUUUGUUUUUCCUAAGAUGCCGACUAGAAGGAACAAUGGAUUUGGAUGAAGUAACUUUAACUUCCAUACUCGGUGCAUGUGGAACUUUAGGGUUUGAAAAGAUGGGAGAACAAAUUCACUGCUAUGCUCUUAAAACCGGGUUUGUGACUGAUUUGGGAGUGUUAAAUUCCAUAAUUAGCAUGUAUGCCAAAUGUGGGAACAUGAAUGAUGCGAUCAAAGUUUUCGAUAUUAUGCCUGUACGUGACGUAGUUUCGUGGAAUGCUUUGAUUGCUGGUCAUAUUCUUCAUAGGCAGGGUGAUGAGGCGUUGGCUGUUUGGUCCGCAAUGGAGGAAGCCGGGAUACGGCCAGAUACAAUUACUUUGUUUUUAGUUCUUUCGGCUUAUCGACACACUAACUUGGAUUUAGUUGAUGAUUGUCGUAAACUAUUUCUCUCCAUGAGAACCGAUUACGACAUUGAGCCUACUUCACAGCAUCAUGCUUCCUUUGUUAGUGUUUUAGGACAAUGGGGUCUUCUCGAAGAAGCCGAAGAAACAAUCGAGAAUAUGCCUGUCGAGCCUAAAGCAUCCGUUUGGCGUGCAUUGCUUGACAGUUGUAGAAUUCGCUUGAACACAACAAUCGGGAAAAGAGUAGCAAAGCGCAUACUAGCAAUGAAGCCACAAGAUCCAUCAACAUACAUACUCGUAUCAAAUCUAUACUCCGCAUCAGGGAGAUGGCAUUGCUCCGAAACAGUCAGGGAAGACAUGAGAGAAAAGGGUUUCCGGAAAAACCCAGCUCGAAGUUGGAUCAUUCAUCAAAACAACAUACACCCAUUCUACACAAGGGACAAAUCACAUCCCCAAACGAAAGACAUCUAUCGGGGGUUAGAAAUACUCGUGAUGGAAUGCCAAAAAGCUGGGUAUGUUCCAGACACAAGCUUCGUCCUUCACGAGGUCGAGGAGCAUCAAAAGAAGGAAUUCUUGCUGUAUCAUAGUGCAAAACUAGCAGCAACAUAUGGGAUCUUAAUGACCAAACAUGGGGAACCCAUAAGGAUAGUGAAGAACAUCCAUAUGUGUGGAGAUUGCCAUACAUUCAUGAAAUAUGUAUCCAUUAUUACAAAGAGAGAGAUUUUGGUGAGGGAUGCUUCUGGUUUUCAUUGCUUUAGAAAUGGGCAGUGUUGUUGUAAAGAUUAUUGGUGAUUAUUUUAUCUUUGCUAUAUAUUGAUUCCAAUGGAAAUAUACAUAAUAUUAGUUCGG